AUGAGCAGUUGUAGUGUUUGUUUUCUUCUCUUUCAUGUCAAUAAAAUUCAGUCGAUGGAUGGUUUGCUUAAUAAAAGUGUGGUUCCCGGGUUCAGCUUGAACGAUAUGAUAGUUCCCGCGCAUCGCAUCACCAUCAAAGAUACAAAAACAAAAAAAAAAAAAUCUCACACCUCAAGAAAUCUGCAAAAAAAAAAAAAAAAGGUCUCCAUCAAAUCAUCUCCCACCAUUAUGUCAUCAGACACUGUAAUAGCACCAUCAUUGUCUACUGCACAAGAUGAUGGCACAUUUACCUAUGACAAAGUGAAAUCUACCACCAAAGAAAGAAAGCACUUGAAUUUGAAAAACCCACUGGACACAAGCGAGAUUAAAUCCAAAAUAUGGAACUACUAUUCGUUGUCAGAAUUGAUCCAAUAUCUAAGCCAAAAGGAAAACAACGAGUUCAAAUAUAAACGAAUUACUUUGCAGUUUCCAGAUGAACUAAUCUGCGACUCUGCCACCAUAGUGCACGAGCUUCAACGAGAAUUGAAUAUUGCUCCCCAAAAUAGUUUGCACAACUCAGACUGUUGUCAAGACACAUGCGAACCCAAUGCUACUCAAAGGAUCUGGAUAUUGGCAGACACGUCUUAUUCAGCGUGUUGUGUGGAUGAAGUAGCAGCUGAGCAUGUCAAAAGUGAUUUGGUGGUGCAUUUUGGGGAUGCAUGUCUAAACGAGAUUGAUAAACUACAAGCAGUGUUUGUAUUGGGCAGACCCACACUCGAUGUUGAGGCAAUAGUGAAGCAGAUUAGCUUAGCAUACAGUCCUGAACAGAAAGUAGUUCUCAUGUCUGAUGCCCCACACACAUAUUUAUUGCCUGAGAUAGCAAAGGAAUUGCCAGAUUACGAUAUUUUGAUUGCCAACUUACCAAAAACUUCGAGAGGCAGAAUAAUAGGAUACACGCCGCCAGCAACAGGGUACAGGAAAUUCAACCGAGUUUUCAACAUUGAGGAAGUUGAUUUUGCAGAAUAUGAGUUGUUUCACGUAACCAGUCCCGAGUCACCACGAUUGCUACAAUUGGCGACAAACUUUGCGUCUGUCACCACGUACGACCCGAUUAGUGGCACCAUCUCUACUGGGCCGUUUCCUAAUUUAAUGCGGAGAUACAAAUAUGUCCACCAAGCUAGAAUGGCCGGAACAGUGGGUAUUUUGGUUAACACGCUUUCGCUAGCAAAUACCAAGAUCUUGUUGAACACAAUCAAAGAGAAAAUCAGAGAGGCGGGGAAAAAACACUAUAUAUUUGUUGUUGGGAAACCCAAUGUUGCCAAGUUGGCAAAUUUUGAGAGUGUUGAUAUCUGGUGUAUUUUGGGGUGUGACCACCAGGGAAUCAUAAUCGACCAAUUGAACGAAUACUACAGACCAAUUGUCACACCCUAUGAGUUGUUGCUUGGGUUGAGCGACGAGCUAUCGUGGACUGGCAAAUGGGUGGUUGAUUACAAAAGUGUGUUGAAGGAGUAUGGCAACGAGGUUAUUCAACCGAAUCAAGAUGCGGACUCGGACGAAGACUUGCCACCAGUGUUUGAUCCUGUGACUGGGAGAUAUGUCAGUACGUCGAGACCAUUGAGACAGAUAAACCACCUUAUGGUCAAGUCUAAUGAUCAAAGCCAUGACAACGACAACGACAACGACAGUCAAUUGGUCAAGAGGUUUUCAAAUGCCGUAGCCAUCAAGGGAACGGUCAGCACAUCUGCUAUUCAUUUGCAAAAUAGGCACUGGACAGGUUUGGGAAGUGAUUACACUGAGGACGAGAAUGCUGCAGGAGCAUUGGUCGAAGACGGGAGAAAAGGCAUAGCUAGAGGAUAUGAUAUUUAG